AUGCUCGCCGUACAGAUUCUCCGCCGCAUUACUACAAAGACCCUGCGUAGCUCUCCUAUGUCUACUCUAGUUGUAGCUGAGCAUGAUCAGCUACAGGUCUCAAGUGCCACGCUGGCCACGGUCACGGCUGCGUCACAGAUCGGUGGUGACAUUACAAUGUUGGUACUUGGCAGUCAGGCCGGUCCAGCUGCUGAGGCUGCUGCUAAGAUCUCAGGUGUCAAUAAUGUGCUGCAUGCUUCUGACGUCAAGUAUGAUCAUUAUUUGGCCGAAGAGGUGGCCGAGCUGCUGGUGACUCUUCAAAAAGCCGAAAACUUCUCCCACGUGCUGGCCCCAAGCUCCAAUGCCUCGAAGAAUUACCUGCCUCGUGCUGGUGCCAAGCUGGAUGUGGCUCCCAUCUCAGACAUUUUGGCUGUGGUUGAUAAGGAUACGUUUUUUCGUCCCACUUACGCUGGUAAUGCUAUUGCUCAGAUUAAGAGUAAGGAUGCAGUAAAGCUCAUUACAGUGCGUCCUACGGGCUUCGAAAAGGCUGCGGCGGAGGGCGGCAAUGCGUCAGUAAACCCUGCUCCAAAGGCUCCUACAGUUGGCAAGACUAGCUUUGUUUCCGAAGAGGUCAACAAGUCGGAGCGUCCGGACCUUGCCGCAGCCCGUGUCGUUGUCGCGGGUGGUCGUGGUCUCAAGAGUGGUGAGAACUUUGGUAUGCUCUAUAAACUGGCCGACAAGCUAGGUGGCGCGGUAGGUGCGUCACGUGCUGCUGUAGACGCUGGUUUCGUACCCAAUGAGCUGCAGGUUGGACAAACCGGUAAGGUUGUGGCCCCAGAUUUGUACAUAGCUGCUGGUAUCUCGGGUGCCAUUCAGCAUUUGGCGGGUAUGAAGGACAGCAAGACUAUUGUGGCAAUCAAUAAGGACGAGGAGGCUCCAAUCUUUCAAGUAGCAGACUAUGGCCUUGUGGGUGAUCUCUUUACUACCGUGCCUGAGCUAACGGAGAAGCUCUAA